UCUAGUUUCUUUGGUUUGUCGCGAGAGGCUCGGGUGUGGGCAGAGGGAGGGAGGGAGGAGGAGGAGGAACGAUCCUCUCUGUUGUGUUUCAUUCAUUCAUCCCAUCCUCACUCAUUUUUCGACGCCAAAUAUGAUCGUGCCUAAGCCCACCAUGCAAGAGAAGCAGAGUGCGACCGAGAGAAGAGGCAUUCGCACGCUCACGGGCGUGUAUGAGAGCUACAUCGAUAACGUGAUGGUCUAUCUGAAACACAAAAUAAGGAACUUGGAAAAACGAAAGGGGAAACUCGACGGGUAUCGGGAGAGAUUGGACAGCGACGAGAAGCUUAACCUUGACCAGCAGGAAGCUGUAAAUAGUUACCAGGAAGUUAUUGGCAAUUUGGAAUUUGCGCAGGAUGUCCAAAAGACCUUCACGACUCUGAACCAAGAGUUUCAGAAAUCGCAGCGCAAGGCCGCCCACUGCAAGCUGCUGCUGCAGGAGGAGAGCGAGAAGAGGCGGCUGAGGACCGUCGUGGAGCUGCAGUACGUGCUCGAGCACCUGGGCAACAAGAACGUGCGGCGAGACUUCACGCGGGGCCUGCACGGCGCCGCGAUGCUCGCGCCCGUCGAGUUAAAGGCCCUCGACGACAUGUACUCCCUGAUCCACCCCAACCGCGAGAAGGACAUUAGUUUUGACACGCAGAUGAAAAACGCAUCUAUCCACUUGUGGGAGUUUCUGGAAGGCAAAGAGAGCGUUUCAGACGAUGCUCACAAUGUGCAAGAGGUUGUGAGCAAAGUGAUAAAGUGCGGAUACUUUGACAAAAUUCCGGAGUACAUACCUGAGAGUUCGGAGGAAGAGAGUGAAAAAACUCCUGUCAAAAAUAACGACAAAGUGAACAAGCGCAUCCAUCCGCUCACUCCACCUCCAACACCUGUCGCCAAAAGCAUAGGCCUUAAUAUUCCAACACAUGUCACCGCGUCUCCAAAAGCCGUGAAAACAAGGGAGUUCGUGAACCGACAAUAUGUUUCUGAAGUUCAAGUUUCCCAGUCAUCGGAGGUAUUACCAAGCCUGCAGUUUGAAUCUCUGGAGCAAAGGCUUCCCAAAAGAGAACGAUCGCUCGCAACGCUGGCCAAGGAAUCUGGGCUGCUGCUGCCCCCCCAACCCAAGAAGAUCGCAGUUCCAGUGAAGAAGUUGGAGAUCCAAAUAUCAGCACCGGUAUUGGAGAUCCCGGUGCUCAACGGACCCCUGGAGUUGCCGGAUGCGACCCUUGACCCGAAAACGAAACGGCAGCGCCUGCUGGACCUCAUAGCCCAGAUGCAGGGAACUUUUAGCUUCAUGCAGGAGUCCCUGAUAGAACCUGAAAGCGAUCAAGAGAGAGGUGCAGAAACGUCUCCCGUUUUGAGUCAUCAGUGCAUGGCAGCGCAGGGAAUUGCUUUGCCAAACGUAACGGCAACCGCAGGGGCAGCUGAAGAAAAGCCAGCCAGUCUUGACAUCGUUCAACCCCUUUCACCCGAGAAGGAGAUGUGCUUGCCCUUCGCCUUGUCAAACCAUUCCUCGUCCAACUCAUCCAGUCCAACCAUGGAAAUGGAGAACCACGGCUCUCCUCUGCCUGUGACCCAAAACUAUGAUUCUGAAAAUAUAUUUCACUCGACGCCAAACCCAUCGCGGCCAGUUUCGCCCAACUCCAACGUGGACUUGACCGAGGUGAACGCUGCCCCCGUUGAGGAGCGGGAGCGCGAGUCCCCUGCCAGUGCAUCCUCGCGGCACUCGAGCCCCAAGUCGCAGGGCUACCCGUCGCCCGCUCCGAGCCCGCUGCCCAAGGCCGUGGGCAGCUCCGUCCGGAUCUCCACCGACAUGAGCGCCAACGCCGUGCCCUUCACGAGCAUGCACUCCUUGUACAACUCGGCCACACUCCACGGGUGCUGUGCAUUCGUUGGGCCUCCCUCACAGGUCUUCAAUAUGAGCAACUCGCUGCAGUCCCAGAGUGAAAUGGAGGCAGAGGAUCAGACGCAGAGCCAACCAACGUUCUCGACGAGCUACAAUCCAGGAUACCUCCAGCCACAGCCGGUCACGAGUGCACAGCUCUUGCAGCCGAGCCCCAUGCAGCCAGUGGGGUCGUACGGGUCGCAGGUGGAGCUCGUGCAGCCCCCCCCACUUCCGUUCCAGCAAGUGGCCGCAACGCAGACUCCCUUCCCGGGCAAGACGAUCGGACAAUCCUACUACCCGAGCCGUGGGAUGAGCCGGGGCGUGCGGGGAGGCAGAGCUCCCACUGGUGGCUAUCGGGGCUCUCACGCCAUGUACAGAGGAAUGGAGAAUUAUCGCACGGUGUACCAAGCCUUGCCAAAUGGCAUUUACAUGCAACCCACUUUUCCCGCUCGGGAAUAUACAGGCAUGAGUUACCGGGACGGCUAUGGCUACCAGCACGGAUAUCGAAGAGUGGCAAGCGCAAUGCACGGCGGAUUCCGGAGCGGCUGGAGCGACUCGUCCCAGCAGAGCAGCCCCGAGCGGGUGAGCGGCACCUUCAACAGCAACGAUUCUGGCCGGGGCGACUCUCGCAGCGUCACCCCUGUGGACGUGCAGGUGGUGGGCCAGCCGGCCACCAUCAUGCCCGUCAACAUGUACCCUCUCCCGCAGCAGACGGUGCGUGUCGCCUUCUCGGCCGCGCGCACCGUCAACUUCACGCCGGGCAUUCUCGACCAGCCGAUCGUCUUCGACCUGAUCAUCAGCAACCUGGGCGAGGCGUUCGACGUGACGACGGGCCGCUUCCUGUGCCCCUCCAACGGCACCUACGUGUUCAUCUUCCACAUCCUCAAGCUGGCCGUGAACGUGCCGCUCUACAUUAACCUGAUGCGCAACGACGAGGUGCUCGUGUCCGCCUACGCAAACGAUGGCGCCCCGGACCACGAGACUGCGAGCAACCACGCCGUGCUGCAGCUGGUGACGGGCGACAACAUUUGGCUGCGCGUCCACCGCGGCACGAUCUACGGGAGCAGCUGGAAGUACUCGACGUUCUCCGGAUACCUGCUGUAUUUGGACUGAUUAUGGCCAUGUCCCACCCCGACACCCCCCCCCCCCACCUCAUGGCAGGGCCCAUGAAUUCUCUCAGGCUUGUGUUCAAAUCUGCAUUUCUCACGAGGAUCACAGAUUGCGAUGUAUUCAUUCGUACUAAUUUUUUUACACUUCGUUUAAGUCCCUGUUUCUGUUCUGUUUAUUCAAUGUGCCGGCCCUCGGUUGUUUAUAUAUAUUUUUAGACCGUCUUCCUUGCUUUAAAAAAAAGGGGUAGUUAUCUGUCCGGCGUGGUUUUUUUUUACUGUCGUAUUACAAUUAGUUUCCAUGAUUUAAUGAGGGAGUUAAUUUAAAUAGAUGUGUACAACCAUUUAGAUGCGAAUGCAUUUAUUUUGCUUGACCCUCGCACGUUUAAUAGUCCAAAGCAGUGUUCCAGUCUGCAUACCUGUCAACCCCUUAUCAGUGCCUACCUUAUUACAGAUUAAUCCAUCGCAAGGGAGAAACACAAACGGACACUAUUUGUUUUGCCCGUAUUGAAACUGUUUUAUGCCGGAUGGACCUGAACUCUAUUUCCCUGUACAAGAAUAUGGGUAAACCAUUAUGGGUUGACAGGUAUGAGUGUUUUUCUUGUCCUGAGGUUUGCAAUUAAUUGUAACUCAACCGUUCCCAUUUGCACUUUAACUGAAUGUGUGUAACACUUUCGGAGCAACGCAAUUAUUAAUAAUGCAAAAGUCAGUUUACUCGUGUGACCUUGUUUUUGGAAUACUGACUCAAGUGCAGCCUCAUGCAUUACAUGGCUGCGAUAAAUUCAGAUUGUGCUGAAAUGGUCGCCUACAUUCCCUACUUGCUGUGCUGUUCGCUGCAGAUUUGGGCUGUCAUCUUUGCACUAUUUUUGUUUAAAUGUUUGCACUUGGAGUUUGUGCCUGAGGUUGCCAAACAAAUUAAGUAAACUGCAUACCACUUGGCGGAAGGUCUUGUGCUAAGCCUUGUACAUUUUUGCGUUCAAAUAAAUACGUUCAGUAGCAA